AUGGAGGACAAGGCGAAACUCAAGGCACCUCAGUCGGAGUACUUCUCCUUGCUCAUCACGCGGAUGAACGGCAUUCCGCUGGCAAAGAUGAAGGUCCACUCCCUCCAAACCGUCGGCGAGCUCGUUAUGGCGAUCAAGACCGCCGCCCGCGCCGAGGACUUGAACCUCAUGCUGGCUUUCCAGACCCAGGUGCUGGACGACAGUCUGACUCUGGAGGAUGCCGGCCUCAGCGACGGCUGCACUGUCGCUGCUAUACGGUAUCCGGAGCUCUUCCUGGCCGCGACCUAUGACGAUGGCAUCACGAAGAUCUGGAGCGCCGAAACUGGCAACUGCGAGAGGACGAUCGAAGGCGUCUCCUCCGUGGUCACGGGCGUGGCGUUCGCAGCGUCAGGGCUGUCCCUGGUGCUUGGAAUGAUGGACGGGCACGUGCAGCUCCGGAGUGUGACGUCGGGCGAAAUCAUGAGGAACUUCCGGGCCCACCAUGCGCCAAUCGCAGCAGUGGCAUGUUCCGCAAACGGCAAGCUUCUUGCCACGGGUGCCUUGGACAGGAACAAAGCUCUUGAUUUGCACAAUCCUCUCAGUCAUGUACCCUUCGAGCCCCCUGCAGCCACCUAG